AUGAAGGAGUCAGUGAGCUUUGAGGAUGUGGCUGUGAAGUUCACGCAGAAGGAGUGGGCCAUGCUGGAUCCAUCCCAGAAGGAGCUGUACAACGAUGUGAUGCCAGAAACCCUGAGGAACCUGGCCUCUAUAGGAAACAAGUCAGACAAAGAGAUGGUUGUCAAUGUAUAUGAAAAUCUAUGGAGCAAACUAAGAUUCACAGAAGAAGUCACACUGGAGAGAAACCCCAUGUGUGUAAGCAGUGUGGGAAAGCCUUCACAUACAUGA